CCAACAUCAGGACUUUUGUAAUUUUUAAUUUUAUCAAUUUCAAGAAUGCUAUUGAAUUCUGGCAUAAUUAAGAUUAAGCACAUAUCACAGGCAUUUACAAGGAUUGUAAGUACACAGCCUGUACAAAAUGUCAUCGAACUACAGAAUAAUAAAUAUGAAUCAGACGAUUACUUCAAUUUAACACCAAAAAUCCUAAGUUAUUUAGACAUGAAUUUACAUCUCAAAAAGCAUCAUCCACUGUCGAUUAUGAGGCAACGUAUCGUGAAUUUCUUUUAUAAAGAAUAUGCAAAUCCUAAAGGAACUCCAUUAUUCAGUGUUUUUGAUCGACUAAGUCCAAUUGUGUCUGUAAAUCAGAAUUUUGAGUCAUUAUUAAUACCGAAAGAUCAUCCUAGUAGAGCUAAAAGUGAUUGUUAUUAUAUUAAUCGAGGAUAUAUGUUGAGAGCUCAUUGUACCGCACAUCAAGUUGAAUUACUCAGAUCAGGACUUGAUAACUUCUUAGUUGUUGGAGAUGUUUAUAGACGAGAUGAGAUUGAUGCUACUCAUUUUCCUGUAUUUCAUCAGGUUGAUGCUGUCCGAAUUGUCCACAACGAUAAGCUCUUCAAAAACAAUCCAGAUCUGGAGAUUUUCGAGAAAAACUUUAGUGAGAAUGUAAAUACAUCGUCUGAGAUGGUUGGAUCAUCUGAAAAGUGCAUUGAUCAAGUGAAACAGCCUUGCCAUACAGUUGAAUCUGUUAAAUUAAUGGAAUAUGAAAUGAAAAAUACAUUAGAAAGACUAGUUAUGUCAUUAUUCGGCAAUCAGCUCAAAUACAGAUGGGUCGAUGCAUACUUUCCAUUUACACAACCAUCAUGGGAACUUGAGAUUUACUACAAUGAUAAGUGGUUCGAAAUCCUCGGUUGUGGAAUAAUGAGGAACGAAAUACUGUCAAGAGCUGGCAUACACAAUUCUAUUGGAUAUGCCUUUGGCUUAGGCCUUGAACGUUUAGCUAUGAUAAUUUAUAAUAUCCCAGACAUUAGACUUUUUUGGAGCCAAGAUUCUGGCUUCAUUAAUCAAUUCAAUGAGGAUGAGUUGAAUAAAAACUUUAAGUACAAGCCUAUAUCACAAUAUCCACAAUGUGCAAAUGAUAUCUCUUUCUGGUUGCCAUCAGAGCUCAAUUUCGAGACAUUUUCAUUGAACGAUGUCUAUGAUGUGGUCAGAAGUGUAGGAGGGGAUAUUGUUGAGCAAGUUUCAUUGCUCGAUAAAUUUACUCAUCCAAAAACCGGCAAGAAUAGCCUCACAUUUCGAAUAGUUUAUAGACAUAUGGAACGUACACUAACACAGGAAGAAGCCAAUGAUUUACAUGAUGCAAUAUCUAAGGAACUGAUUGAAAAAUACAAUAUUAAAAUUCGUUAAUUAAAAUUUUAGUCCAUAAUAAUGUUUUAAUAGGUAAUAAAAAGAUAUGUAUAAUUUACAUACAGAAAUUUGACAAGGGA